UCACGUAUCAUUCGUCUGGUGUGCGUUGGUGGAUUUUCAAUCAACAUUUACGUUUUACCAAAAAUUUACAAUCGGAAAAUAAAGGAUUGAAAUGGCUUUAGAACGAGCAAGCAGUCUAUGGAUUGGUGGGUUGGAACCAUACAUGACGGAGGAUUUCCUCAUGAGGUCUUUCGAAUUGAUGGGAGAGAAACCAGAAGCCAUCAAAGUCAUGAGAAAUAAACACACUGGCCUUCCUGCCGGAUUUGGGUUCUGCCAGUUUCGAGAUGAGAAACAAGCAAUGGAAGUUCUACACAAAUUGAAUGGAAAAAUCAUCCCAUACAGUCAACCGCCUAGCCGUUUCAAGUUGAAUCACAGCACAAACACAAAAGGCUCCACAGCUGAUCAUGCACUAUGGGUUGGAGAUUUAAGUGCUGAUGUAGAUGAUUAUGGUCUCUACAAGUGCUUUUCUGCCAAAUAUAAUUCUGUUCAGUUAGCCAAAGUUGUCAGAGGAAGUAAUGGAGAGAGUCGCGGAUAUGCUUUUGUUAAUUUUUCCAAUGAAUCUGAUUAUAAAGAUGCUCUAACGCAUAUGCAAGGACACAGGGGACUCGGUAGUAACCCACUUCGAGUCUCUUUGGCUAUUCCUCGUAACUACAACAUGAUUCCUGGUUCCUCUUCUAGUACGUCUGCAACAUCAACCUUAAGUGCAUCAAUUGCUUCGUCAAUCGUUCAAGCCGCAGCCAGUGGCCAACCAGUACAACCUCAAGCUGCUGCUGCUGCAGCAGCAGGUUUCGGACAGUACGUCGACCCAUCUUACUGGCAACAGUAUGGCGGUUGGCAGGGAUAUCAAGGAUAUCAGGGUGGAUACGGCUACGAUGGUCAGCAAGCCUAUGCUGGCUACGGAGGUGGACAAAUGCCUGCUCAGCCGGAAGAGGACGAGUUUGAGCUUAUUGAACACAACACACCCGUCGAUAUUGAGAAACUCAACAGAGAACUGUUUGAGCGCAAUCAGGACCUGUGGGAUACUUUGGAUGAAGCCCGCUGGACCCCAUUCAAUCCUGAGAAGGCCGUCCCACCAGUCAAAGCGGAAGAGAACGGAAACAGUACCCCUACUGUAGCUGCGGCCUAAUCCGUACGCCAAGAAAAGGAUUCAUUUCUGCCUGUCAUAACUUCUUUUGUUUUUUUCUUUUCAUUUUUAAUAAUGAAUACAUUGAUUUCGAAUAA